AUGCGCGUCUACGAGUGCUCCCUCUUCCGUUCCUCCAACGCCUGCUCACCAAGAGCAGUGACGGGCUCCUCGCAAUCUAAAGUCCCCCCAGAGAUUAAUUCGUCUGCCUCGGAAGAAGAGGGAGCACCUUUCCCCGUGGGGGGCGCAGAAGAUCAGCACCGAGCAUCCAACGCUGCCAUGCUAGCUUCGACCACGGGUGAGUCCCAGUGGGGAGAAGACGCAGGAACGUCAACGAGCGGGGAGGGAGACCAGCUGCUCUCCGCCGACGAGCCACCGGAGGAGGGGCCGGGUUCUCGCCAGCCAAGCACCAGCCGCGAUGAAGACGCCACGCCGGACGAGCAGCAGCUCAACGAGACCUUGAUGAAGGUGCAACGACUGCUGACGGUGCUCAUGGACGAAGACCAGUCCAUGAGCAAGCCCGCGGCAUUCACCGGCCUGUUGGAGAUCGGACUCGAGUAUUGCUCUCUUUCGCGAGCGCCGUCUUUCCCGCGGUCGCAGUUCAUGGCGUGUAUGCGGGUAUACAUGCUCCAUUCGUCGCGCAAUGUGCGAUCGACGGCGCUGUACUAUCCCUGGAACGAGAACAGGGCGGCACAAUGGAGCGGAUGCAAGCAAUCAAGCUUGUCCCUACUCUUUACUCCCUUGACCGACACAUUCCACUUGCCGAAGGCGGGAUAUCCGCCCGAGCAGUCUGCCGUGUGGGACGCCUGCAUAAAGACGCUAUGCGUAAUGCUCAAGAGCUGGACGGGCGUUAUAUACCUCGCCUCCGAUCAGCAGGGGCUCAAGACCUUUGUUGACGCCCUCAGGCUUCCUCAUCCUGAGUUACAUGAACUCAUUUUGGAUGCGCUGAACUUGCUAUUCCGCAUUCCCCGAUCGGCCAUGACUCUUUCACGGGGCUUCGGCAGGCGCGGUUCUCCAUCGGAAAGCCACGCAGAGCAAUCUUCAGAGGAAGCGCAAAGGGCGAACCUGAUCGACAACUACCUCUCCGCACUUCUCAUGGCCUUCAUCAGCUGCGGUCUUCUCGAAGUGCUGGUAGAGCUGGGCAAGACCCAGGACAGUAGCGCGCGGAAGCUGGACGAGAAAGCGCUGAUGCUGCUGGGCGAGAUACUGCAUCUUUCAGACAUCCUGAUGCCUGCCUCUCAGUGCGCCAACAUCCAGAAGAAGGACAGGCGUCUGGACCGAAUCGACGGCAUCAAGAGGAAAAUGGACUGGGACAUGGACACCCGCCAGCUGCUCGCCAAGCUACAGAAUUCGGGGGUCCUGGCCACAAAGGAGUACACAAAGUGGGCAUGGGACACGAUCUCUGAAGUCUUGGAAGGCCCACUAAGGAAUCCUGUACAUACCGAGUAUACAAAGACGAAAACCAAUUUUUUCGAGCGGCUGCUCACCUUCUUCCGACCCUCCUCCUGCCAGUUCUCCACUCUGCCCUGGUCGCAUAUCUUGCUCAAGCCCGAGGUGCCCGACAACAUCGGGGUGAAGUUUUUGAAGUCGGACCCGCUCUUUUCCGAGAUCUCUGCCAUUCUCCAGGCGGUCGCCGAGAAGAUUCCGGACGACCCCCUUGGCGCGCUGUUGCUCACGGACCCUCCCUGCAGCAACAUGACUUGUGAAUAUUUUGCGCUCAUCGGAACGUUGUCCUCUACCCACGAAGGUCUCGAAUUUUUGAGGAGCACCAAGAUCUUCAAUUGGCUGAGAACGCUCUCGGAACAGCAAGGCCAGGACCAGCUGCGAAAGCGCGUGCUAACCUCGUCCAUUACUGAGAGGCUGCCUCCGUUCCCGCUCAAUGGUGCCCCCUUUCCUCUGCGACCCCAUUCCUUUCCGUCGCCCGCCACUCACAUCACGUCGCUGGCCACCAAGCACAUGCGCACGCUGCUCCGUGCCGGAGUGUCGAACUUCAGCGUGUGGGCCAUCGACUUUCUUGUCGAACGGCUGUCGGAUCAGGACCGACAGGUCACCCACGAAGCCCUCAGCGUGCUGGACGAAGCCAGCGAUAACUUCGAAUGCCUGAAAUCGUUCAUCGAAAAGAAGCCGCAGGCCCUGAAGAAGCUCGGCAAAGAGGGCAAAAACAUGAUGAUACGAUUUUUGUCGAUUGAAGCGGGAUUCGACUACCUGGAGGAGAUCAACUUUAUCGGACCGGAAGUGGAGCUGUGGCGCGCCUCACUGAAAUCGGUCAUCCCUCCGCCGCACAUGUACGGCGCAUUGGCCAAGACCGAAAAGGGCUGCGCGUUCCUUCGUAACGGCCGAUACCUCGACGAAGUGUGGGCUACGCUGACCAACGAAUCCGUAUCUCCGCUCGAGAGAAGAGCCGCUCUCUGGGCCGUGGGUCAUGUGGGCGAGUCCGAGACCGGGCUGGCUUUCCUGGAGGAACUCAACGCCAUUGGCUAUAUUGCCAACCUGGCCGUUACGGUCGACAACCUGGCUCUCCGAGGGACGUGCUUCUACGUGCUGGGCUUGCUCUCUCGCACAGAGCGGGGCAAGCAGGUCUUGAGCACCCUUGGCUGGGAGACGCCGCGCACGAGGAAGACCAACACGAUCUGCAUGCCCAAGGACAUCACGUCGCGCUGCCUUUUGCAGGUCAAGGAGUGCGUCUAUCAGGGCUCGUGGGCUGUGUUGUGCGCGAACCAUCUGGUGUGUCGCUACAAGCUGAGCGAUCAGCGCCACGGAAUAAUCACCCAGAUCUGUAACCUGGGCAGCGGUCUCACCUACAAGGGCGCCGCCCAAACGCUUAAAAGGCUGCGGAUGAAGAGCCCCGAGAUGUUCUUCUCGCAUUCGCUGGUGGCCAACGUAUACCGCUUGCUCGAAACCUACCGCUUCUCCCUCGCCGCGCGGCGCUUCGUGUACGGCCUCAUCGAUGGCUCCGCUCACACGCCUGGCUACUGGCAGUCCAUUCACCGGUACCUUGCCGGCAGCGCUGCGGCAACGCGAGCGCAAGCGGAUGGCGUGUUGACGCGACCGACGGGCGACCCACACCACCAGGCCACCGACGACGCUCACUCUGCCUAA